AUGCUAUUGUUAUUAUUUUUCAUACUUUGUAUGUCUGAAGACAGUCCAAAGCCUUCAGAAAUACAAGAAGAAACGCACCCAAUAACAACAAAAGUGUUUUUUGACAUUCGAAUGGGGAAUGAAAAGGCUGGUCGUAUAGUGAUAGGUUUAUAUAGUGAUGUUUCUCCAAAAGCCGUUGAGAAUUUCCGAGCGUUGUGUACCGGUGAGAAGGGUCUUUCUUCUACGGGUCUUCCUCUUCAUUAUAAAGGGUGUAAAUUCCAUCGAGUUAUACCAAACUUUAUAUUACAGUCGGGGGAUAUUACACAGGCAAAUGGAUAUGGUGGAGAGUCGAUUUAUGGAUUAACAUUCCCCGACGAGAAUUUGGAAGUGAACCACACCAAGAAAGGAUUAGUUUCUAUGCAAAACAAUGGACCAGAUACUAACAAUAGUCAAUUCAUGAUCUCCCUUAUACCAACUCCUUGGUUUAGUGGAAGGUAUAUUGUUGUUGGUGAAGUUAUUGAAGGCUAUGAUCUCUGUCAAAAGAUUGGUAAUUCAGGUAACAGAUCUGGAGAAACAACUCGGCCCGUCAUCAUUGAGAAUUCCGGCGUUUUAAUUUAA